CGGAAGUGGUCGUCGUCGCGGCGGCACCGGUGGGAGCAGGGCCCGGGGCUGGGAGUGCGGCGAGCGAGCGGACGGGCGGCGGAGGCCUCGCAGCGGCGGCAGCGGCUCAAGGCGCAGGCGUGGUCCGUUGGGUGCGAAUCCGCUGAGUCCACGAGCGGCUUCUCAGCCCUCUCCCCUGCCCGUCGGAACCCGGGAAUAGGGACCCGCUUAGCCGGCGUCAUCAUGACCAAGGCCGGCAACAAGGGCGGGAAUCUCCGCGACAAGUUGGACGGCAAUGAGCUGGACCUGAGCCUCAGCGACCUGAAUGAGGUCCCCGUCAAGGAGCUGGCUGCACUCCCAAAGGCCACUGUAUUGGAUCUGUCCUGCAAUAAACUGAGCACUCUUCCGUCGGAUUUCUGUGGCCUCACACACCUGGUGAAGUUGGACCUCAGUAAGAACAAGCUGCAGCAGCUGCCCGCAGACUUUGGCCGCCUGGUCAACCUUCAGCAUUUGGAUCUCCUCAACAACAGGCUGGUCACCCUGCCUGUCAGCUUUGCUCAGCUCAAGAAUCUGAAGUGGCUGGAUCUGAAAGACAAUCCCCUGGAUCCUGUCCUAGCCAAGGUGGCAGGAGAUUGCUUGGAUGAGAAACAGUGUAAGCAGUGUGCAAACAAGGUCUUACAGCACAUGAAGGCCGUGCAGGCGGAUCAGGAACGGGAGCGGCAGCGCCGGCUGGAAGUGGAGCGAGAGGCAGAGAAGAAGCGGGAGGCCAAGCAGCAAGCUAAGGAAGCAAAGGAGCGUGAGUUGCGAAAGCGGGAGAAGGCAGAGGAGAAGGAGCGCCGGCGGAAGGAGUACGAUGCCCAGAAAGCUUCCAAGAAGGAGCAGGAGAAGAAGCCCAAGAAGGAAACAAAUCAGGCCCCAAAAUCUAAGUCUGGCUCUCGCCCUCGCAAGCCACCACCCCGAAAACACACUCGCUCCUGGGUUGUGUUGAAGGUGUUGCUGCUGCUGCUGUUGCUGUGUGUGGCAGGAGGGCUGGUUGCAUGCCGGUUGACAGGGCUGCAGCAGCAACCCCUCUGCAACAGCGUGAACACCAUCUACGACAAUGCCGUCCAGGGCCUGCGUCAUCACGAGAUCCUCCAGUGGGUCCUCCAGACCGACUCCCAGCAGUGAGCUUGUCCUCAGCACCCCUGCCUCCCAGCCUCGGAGCUUGGAUUCCUAUGGAAUUGGGUUCUGCUGGACACAGCCUCUUUUUAGCGUCAGACCUACCUGCCAUCAUCAAAUGGCUGCUGAUUGGUACUUGCGAUCUCCCCUUUAUAGGACGUCUUUCUUCCUUGUCAGGGUUCCCUGGUGGAAUGAGGAGAAAUGGAGAGGGGAGGACAAGUUACCUGCAUGCCUAAAGGAGUAGGCUUGGGGCGGGGAGGGAGAAGACAUAGGCUUUUCUAGUCACACAAGGCUGUGUAAGGCAAGGUUCCUUUCUACUAAAUGGCCAGCUGUCACUACAUUUAUACUUUUGUAUGUCACAAACCCUUUCAUUCCUUCCAGGUAACCAGGACAGAUUGGAGGACAGUGUGUUACUAGGGACUAGGAAUACUUGGGUAAAUCUAACCUAAGCUGGAAGGGUGGAGUAAAAUGUUUCCUUAAAGAUCUCAGACAUGUGAGCAUUUUAGUAACAUACAAAAUGCCUGGCUGUGGAGAUGACUUCUUUGCCAUUGGUCCAGUGUAGCACUUUGAGGCAGAGCAGGAGAGGCCGUCCAUGACUUGCCCACAGUAUUCUAGCUAGUCUAAAGCAGAACCCAACUCUCACUCCAGUUUUCUUCCUUUCCCUUGGUGUCAUUUGGCCUCCUUUAUAUAAUACCCAAGAGAAUGAACUCACACCAGAAUUGUCUCAGCCGAAGUUAGUCUUUCGUAAUAGACAAGUCAUGCCACCCACAAAUAGAUCUGCUAUCAGGGUCCUGGGAAGCUCCUAUGGAAUUUUGCCUCAACUUAAAUGGCUUCCACAAAAUGGCAGCAGGCCAGUCUCCUUGCCUCAAUUUAGAGCAUUAACUCCCCAAUGACCUGGAAGCACAGAGGCAGAUCUCCACAAAAGCUGCACCGGGACAGCUCCGCCACCAGUACUUGGUGUGAUGAAAUACCUCAGAGGCAGCCUAGAAACUUGAUUUCAAAGAAGCAGGUUUAGAGUUGAUUCUGGACCUGUAACAGAAGGGAAGGAGUAGAAAAGUGGGAGCCAAAGGGAAACAGAGUCACAUGGUGGUGCUGUAGAGUGGUACAUAUACAUAACUAAGCAUUAGCACAAACCAGGGCAGCACCACCCACCUUCCUGCUGCUACAGAAAGCAUUUUUGCCCCCCUUCUUCUUGUCUCUUCACAGCAGCUGGAUGAAGGGAUCAGAAACAACCAUGUCUUGGUGCUUAUUUGCUAAAAACUCCCGAUUGCAAGUUUCUCGACUCUCCCCUAAGGGACCAAGUACCUGUCACAGUUCAGAGUGUAGCCCUAGUGGCCCAUCUGGACAGGUCUGACACUGGAAGAAAGGCCUCUGUCUUCUCCUCCUCCAGACAGCUCUGCCGUGUAGGUCCACACCUUACUCAGAAUCACUACACAUUCCUUUAGUCUUCCUUCAAGCUCCAGAGCCAUUGGUACAAAUGCUUUAUUGAGAAAAAGUAUAUACUACAUACAUGACAUCAUGAAAACAGGAGUCAGCCUGGUCAUAGUUCCCUGGCUGGUUGAGGCAGCUCCGUGGCUGAGCCUAGUCAAGCCAACCCACAGGCAAGAGUUCACUCUGACUUCGAGAUUUGAUGCUUACUCUUUGGAUUUCUACAAUUAUUAAAUCCAUGUCUGAGUGGUCUGCCUUUA